AUGAAAUACUCGUCAACAGAAAUCACUACUGAAGUGAAUUUUGCCGAAGUUGAGCUUCGCAGUAAAGAAAUGGAAAAACUUCGAACCUUUUCAAGAUCUCUUGAAAAUCUCAACUCGGAGACUUUAUAUAGCAAAUGGAAACGCUCGCGAGGCGAUGGAAGCAAGUCUGCGCGACGCCCACGAAGUAUAUCGCUCACGACAGCACCAAAAAUCACUUACGCGAACAGUGAAAACAAGCCACAGAGCAGAAGCCCGGCCCGGAAAAACAGCUUUCACGUUCUGCAAGAGAAUGUUUUCAGACCACGCUUUUGGACCAUUGGAGCGAGCCCUAUGGAAGUUAUCAAGGAGCAUAAUGCAAUGCAUUCCCUUGAUCUCAACAAUAACACCAAAGAGUCAGGUGCUCAGUGGGAAGCAAGAAGAAGAAAGCUAGGGCAACAGUUUCGAGUAACUCUUGGACUCACAGAUAAACAACACCAUCAACCGCCUGCUGUUAAAAACCUCAUGGAGAGAACAAAUGGAACCGUGGGAGAAAGGAAUCCUAGCAGAGGAAAAGACGACACAAUUCGGUCGAAAACUUUGCAUACUCCUCAAAGGAUACGAAGAGUUUCCGAAGACUCCCGAGAGAACGAAAGCUCUCCGAUAGUGGCACAAUUUGUGAGCGAGGAAGAUAAGUCACGCCAAAUAACCAAGUCGAAUGUUAGCAUAGUUGCAAGUAACCCGUUUAUAGAGUUACUGCGAGUCGAGAUUCCACCGCAAUCCAGGAGCACGCCUGCCUCGCCAAAUUUUCUAAUGCGCAAGCCCAAUGAUGCGUGGGACUCAGUUGAGAACAAAACAAAUCCUUCAGGGGGGCAAAACAGUACAGUUGUCAAGGAUGCAUCAGAAAUAAGAGCUAACAAAGACAAGUUAAAUUCAUCACCGAAUACUUUUUCACUUGGAUGCGCUUACGCCGUAGUCAGUCAACCGUCGCCACGGACUAAAGAUAACCGUGACAGUGUUGCGCCAGCGGCGAAAAUGAGCAAUGGAAUAACGAAAGAGCAACGAGAAGAACUUGAAGAAGAGUUUAAAAAGUUAAAGAAAGUUUCCCUUGAAUUGGACAAAGCUGAAAUUGAGGAACAAAGAUUGAACAAGCUUAAUACUUUACCAGAAGGUAUCUCCCAGGACGGUUUGGACUCUCAGCCGUUCCGGCGCUUCUCUGAACUGAAUAACUCUUUUACCUCAAGGCGGAACUCAGAUCGACCAACAGCUAGAGCUCUUUUGGAAAUUAUCGCGAACUCCUCAAGUAAAACAGAGAAAGAAAGAAUUCAACAAAUCGAGGAGGCUUUCGAGUGGAUCAGGAAAGAGCUCGCCGAGCUGCGAGCACAAGAUAAAGACAUCAUGCGGACAUUUGCGAAGAUUCAGGCAGGAAUACGGAAAAUCAAACUUCAACGAGCCCUAAGUAGUGACAUGGACGAACCUUACGAGUUUGACAUUGUAGACCAUUCAAUCGACUUGAGUGCUAGCUUUUCUUACGUUCCUGUAGUUAAAGACUUUAAUAAUACUUUUCCAAGACGGGCUAGCCUGAUCUAA